ACCCUAAACCCACACCAAUACCAUCUUCCAAAUCUUUCUCUGACUUGAGAAAAAAAAUGUCAGGUCUGCUACGAUCUCUAAAUAGAAGUCAGCUUCUCUACAACUCCAUUUUGUUUAACACUACAAAACAAAACAAAGCUCUGUUUAUAUCGAACUUAAACCCCAUCUCUCAAACCACAACAAGAAAUUACAUAGGAAAAAUGCGCAAAGCCGCCUUUCAAGAUAAAAUUCUAAGACUUCUCCGUAACGAGAUUGAAUACGAACUUGAACGCUCCCCUCCUAAACAGCCUAUUGCCAAAUUUAAUUCAUUCACAGUCGAUGAGCGAUCGGGAGAGCGGUGGAUCAGAUUGAACAGAAAAUUUGGGGAGAACGAAGAUAUUAAAGUUGAGGCCACCAUGUUUGAUGGAUCCAUUCCUGUUUCAAAAGGUGGUGUUGCGGCAGGUGAAGAUGUUAAGCUUCACAUUACCUUGAUUGUCAAUAUCUCCAAGGGUGAUGGUGAGGUGUUGGAGAUCACAUGCUCUGCUUGGCCAGAUACCAUAGACAUUAACCAGCUUUUCGUUCGAGAGAAUAACAAGAUGUCUGCUCAGCCUUAUGUUGGUCCUGAAUUCAAGGCAUUGGACGAUGAGCUGCAAGACUCACUUUAUGAGUUCUUGGAGGAAAGAGGUAUAAAUGAACAACUAGCUGUUUUCUUGCAUGAAUACAUGAGGAAUAAGGAUAGAAUUGAGGUCAUUAGAUGGAUGCAAACUGUAAAAUCAUACAUUGAGAAGCAGUAGAGAUUUUCUGCAAUGUUCUGGCUGAUAUUUUUGGUGGUAUUAUAGAAAUUCUGCCUUGUAAGUGAACUGUGACUGAUAUUUUAUGCAAAUUUGGUCGCUUGUUUUGGGAGAACAAGUAAGUUAAUGAAUGAAUAUAAUUGGUCUGGCUUGUCUCCCCGUGAGCUUGUAGGGAAGGCUUCAGAAUUUAUUAGUUAACAUAUCAUUAUCAUGUUGAAAUUUGUAAGAAUAGGUGAUCCAUUUAAGAAUGAAUACUUGUGCUGAUGUUAAAAGCACUUCCAAAUCUUACACAACAGUAUGUUUUCUACACUUCUACAGUGAUUGACUUCAAUUUUACUUUUCUUGUUCUUUUUUUA